AUGGCUGACAGGGGAUUGGGGCAGAGGACCUCGCUGUGGCUCCAUCCUAAUUCCACCAGGCUCAAGGAAGAGCUGGAUGCCUACCAGACCACAAGCUGUGGAGAGACCAGAACCCUCUGGGGCCUGAGUGUGGCCGUGGCAGCAAGCCUGCAGAAGAAGCCCAAUGCCAGCACCUUCCCUAUUGUUGACUGGACUCCAAUUGCAAUGGACCACCUGGAGCAGGGGGCUGCUGGUGCAGAUGUGCCGGGCUUUCGGGACUGUGAGGACAUCCGCAAGUCUGGGUUCAAUAAGGAUGGCGUCUACACCAUCUUCGUGCCCAAUAUGAAUCAGCCCAGGAGGGUUUUCUGUGUGAUGGACACCAGUGGAGGCGCCUGGACCCUCAUCCAGCGCCGUGAGAAUGGUGCAGUGGAUUUCAAGAGGAGCUGGCAGGAAUACAAGCAGGGCUUCGGUGACCCUGCUGGGGAGCACUGGCUGGGGAACGAGGUGGUGCACCAGCUCAGCAGCAGCGCUAACUACUCUCUGCGUGUGGAGAUGGAAGACUGGCAAGGCAACACGUUCUAUGCCAACUUUGGUUAUUUCCAGCUGGACAGCGAGAAAGAGUUUUACAGAAUUUAUCUGGACAAAGAUAGUGGCAUCUCAACUCGCCAGGGCCGCUUGAUCCUGAGAAGCAACAACUUCAGCACCCAUGAUGCAGACCACGACAACUGCGGCUGCAACUGUGCAGUGAUAAUGUCUGGAGGAUGGUGGUUUGACUCCUGUGGCCCCUCCAACCUCAAUGGCGUCUACUACUCAGCUGACCAGUACAAGCAGAAGAUCAAUGGCAUCCGUUGGGACCACUCCUCCAGUUCCAAUAUCUCCGGUCCCACUAUCUUCUCACUCCGCACCUCCCGCAUGAUGAUGCGGCCCUUGCACAGCUAG